GUGCCUCCUCCGCAGGGUAUAAAUGUAGUGCGAAGUAGCCAGCUCUCGAUGGUAUCAAUCAGCUCAAUCAACCUUCCACACUCACCUAGCCUUCUCCUCCGUAUCAAUCCCUCUUUACAAUGAAGCAAUUCACACUCUCCAUCCUUGUUGCUGCUCUGGCAGCCCCAAGCGUCCUCGCCCAAGGGCGCCCACCAAUCCCAAUCCCCGGCCUCGGAGAAUGUCCCGAGUCCUGCGUCUCUAUUAGAGCGCCUAACGGGGCGCUCAUGGCGUGCUGCGGUGAAGAGGAAGGCUGCGUCGACUGCGGGCCUGACUGCGUCGCGUCCUGCCCUGAUGGCAAGUACGGAGGUUGCACGGAUCUCGGCGGUGGUGUGGAGGAGAACUGCAGUAAGGGGUGUGAGACGUUCUGUGAUAGUGAGGACUAUGUUAUCUGCUCUAUCGGUGGAGCGUCGCUCGACCCUGCGCCCGAGGGCUGCCCCUAAGCUUGGAUAUUGGCUCGCUCGGAACACCUUGUCGUUGCGAAGUAUGCCGGCUGAUAAACGCCAACUCGCGUUUUAUAUAAACAAGAACCGCGUUGAUGCGCCAGAAUUAGGACGCAAAACAUGGAUUCACUGUACAUCUCCUGUCGCUCAUUUCCACGAGAUUUUGUUAUCCCAUCGUAAUGAUCUCCACUGGUGCCUUGCAUAGCUUUCCUACCGAGUAAUUAAGUUAUUCCGUAAUAUUUUACCCCUGACUAGUGACGGAC